AUGUCCGCGGUCGACGAAGGACACAGGACAUGUGUGUCGUUUCUCGGCGCCGACAUGGCACAAACAAGGAAACAGAAAGAGACUGCGCAGCUGAAUUGGACUCAGGGAGUGCCUGCUCGCUUCACGCCCUGGACUGGCUCUCAGCCUCGCCUCGUGGCAUUGUCUUGGAUGUCAUCUGCAAGAUUCAAACCAAAUUUGACAGAGGGCCUUCUGCAGCGACGGGCCCGACUGCCUCGUCUGGGCCCGCGACUGGGACCAGGACCAGGGUGCCUUUGCCCGCCGCCAACCGAGUGGGCCGCCUAG